GAAUGUUUCCAGGAGUUGUGCACUCCCAGAAAAAGCAAAAGCCUGUGAGACUCAGCAGAUGCCAGAGGAAAACUUCAGUAGCCACUCAGACCUUAUAACCCGCGACAGAAUCCACUUGGAAGGGAGACGCUACACAUGCCAUGAGUGUGGAAAAAGCUUCAAUCGGAGCUCAGACCUUCUUGUACAUUGUAGAAUCCACACAGGAGAGUCGCCCUACACAUGCUCUGAGUGCGGGAAAAGCUUUAAGCACAGCUCUACCCUGAGCAGACAUCGGAGAAUCCACAUGGGUGAGAAACCUUAUGGAUGCUCUGAGUGCGGGAAAAGCUUCGGUCAGCGUUUACAUCUUAUCUCACAUCAGAGACUCCAUACAGGAGAGACGCCCUACACGUGCUCUGAGUGUGGGAAAAGCUUCGGUCAGCAUUCACAUCUUAUCUCACAUCAGAGACUCCAUUCAGGAGAGAUGCCCUACAUGUGCUCUGAGUGCGGGAAAAGCUUCAAUCGGAGCUCAGACCUUCUUGUACAUUGUAGAAUCCACACAGGAGAGACGCCCUACACAUGCUCUGAGUGCGGGAAAAGCUUUAAGCACAGCUCUACCCUGAGCAAACAUCGGAGAAUCCACAUGGGUGAGAAACCUUAUGGAUGCUCUCAGUGCGGGAAAAGCUUCAGUCGGCAUUCAAACCUUAUCACACAUCGUAGAACCCACACAGGAGAAAGGCCCUACACAUGCGCUGAGUGCGGGAAAAGCUUCAGUCGGCAUUCAAACCUUAUCACACAUCGUAGAACCCACACAGGAGAGACGCUCUACACAUGCGCUGAGUGCGGGAAAAACUUUAAGCACAGCUCUACCCUGAGCAGACAUCGGAGAAUCCACAUGGGUGAGAAACCUUAUGGAUGCUCUGAGUGUGGGAAAAGCUUCGGUCAGCGUUCACAUCUUAUCUCACAUCAGAGACUCCAUUCAGGAGAGACGCCCUACACGUGCUCUGAGUGCGGGAAAAGCUUCAGUCAGCGUUCACAUCUUAUCUCACAUCAGAGACUCCAUUCAGGAGAGACGCCCUACACGUGCUCUGAAUGCGGGAAAAGCUUCAAUCGGAGCUCAGACCUUCUUGUACAUUGUAGAAUCCACACAGGAGAGACGCCCUACACGUGCUCUGAAUGCGGGAAAAGCUUCAAUCGGAGCUCAGACCUUGUUGUACAUUGUAGAAUCCACACAGGGGAGAUGCCCUACACGUGCUCUGAGUGCGGGAAAAGCUUUAAGCACAGCUCUACCCUGAUCAGACAUCGGAGAAUCCACAUGGGUGAGAAACCUUAUGGAUGCUCUGAGUGUGGGAAAAGCUUCAGUCAGCGUUCACAUCUUAUCUCACAUCAGAGACUCCAUACAGGAGAGACGCCCUACACGUGCUCUGAGUGCGGGAAAAGCUUCAAUCAGAGCUCUACCCUGAGCGCACACAGCAGAAUCCACACAGGUGAGAAACCUUAUGGAUGCUCUGAGUGCGGGAAAAGCUUCAAAAAGAGCUCACACCUUAUUAGACAUCGCAAAAUCCACAUUGGAGAACUGUUACAAAUGCCUUGAUCAGGGCUGGGAAAAGAUUUAAAAAAAAAUCACGUUUGCUAAUUCUCACAUAGUGAUCUGUGCAUCAUUUUCACUGUGGUCUCUCAGGUCCACCAGAUGAAUUGCCUGCUUCUGCCUUAUGUAUCUCACCUUCUUUGGGGUCAGU